CGUCCAACCUAUCACAGGGCUCAGAUGUCCUACACAGGCGACGGUGUUAGUUGCAAAAUAAACAGCAGCUGCUGGUAGUCUCGUACCCCGCCAUAUCGCAACUGCUGCUCAUCCUCUGCAGAAAAAGAGAGCAAAACCCGUAAACUGAAAACCCUAAACGAGAAGAAGAAGAAGAAGAAGAAGAAGAAAUUCAAAAACCCUAGACGCAGACGAAACACCUACAGAACCAUCUCUUCUUAUAAGCUCUUUCUUGCAGAAUCUGCAGAAUCUUGAAGAAAUUUGGAAACCGAAUUGUAGCCGUUGAUUGACAUUUCCGAUUGGAGAAGGAGUAGAAAGAGAAGGAGAAGAUGUUGUUUCAGGUAGGAGGACAAGGGACGCGCCCGACGUUCUUCGAGAUGGCGGCCGCGCAACAGCUCCCCGCCAGCCUCCGGGCCGCGCUAACCUACUCCAUCGGUGUACUUGCUUUAAGAAGACCAUUUCUGCACAAGGUGUUGGAUUAUGAUGAUGAGUUCUUUGCCCUUCUCAUGAUGGUGCUUGAAACUCACAGCCUACGAACUACAGAUGCUUCUUUUUCUGAGUCUUUAUAUGGAUUGCGAAGGAGGGCAGUGAAGAUUUCACUUGGCAAAGAUAUUCCUAAUGCCGACUCAGGUGAUAGGCUUCGUCAUUCUGGAUUAGGAAGGCGUCAAAAAGUUCUCUCAGUUGUAUUUCUGGUCGUUCUGCCAUAUUUCAAGUCAAAGUUGCAUUCCAUCUAUAACAAAGAAAGGGAAGCGAUGCUUCAAGCAAGUUUAUGGGGACAUGGUGAUAGAACAUUUGAUGACAAUAACUACUUUGUAAAUGGGGAAGAAAUUUCUCCUGUUCCAAUGGAAGCUUUGGGUGCAGAAGUAUCACGUGCAACACGUAUCAGAAAGAGGAUUGAGGCAAUUAUCGGUGCUUGCUACCCAUGGAUACAUGCAACCAAUGAAGGAUUAUCGUUUGCUUAUCAACUCUUAUAUUUGUUAGAUGCCACUGGGUUCUAUACUCCAGGACUACAUGUGCUUGGGGUUCAUGUCUGUCGUGCUACAGGACAGGAGCUGAUGGAUACUUCUUCUAGAAUUUCAAGGAUUAGAAGCCGUGAGCGUGAGAGACUUCGUGGUCCUCCUUGGUUGAAGGCAUUGCAGAGAGUGCUGCUCAGCUGUGUAUACACCACUUUGGAUUAUGCUCAGACUGGACUAAUUGCUGCAGUUUUCUUUUUCAAAAUGAUGGAGUGGUGGUAUCAGUCUGCUGAAGAGAGAAUGUCAGCUCCAACUGUGUAUCCCCCGCCUCCUCCCCCUCCACCUCCAAAGGUUGCUAAAGAGGGGAUUCCACUACCACCUGACAGAACAGUGUGCCCUCUGUGCUCACAAAAGCGUGCAAAUCCAUCUGUGGUUGCAGUCUCGGGAUUUGUCUUCUGCUAUACCUGCAUUUUCAAGUAUGUUUCACAGUAUAAACGCUGCCCUGUUACGUUGAUGCCUGCGACUGUUGACCAGAUACGGAGGCUCUUUCAUGAUGUUUAAAUUUGAAGUGUUUUCUUGCACGGAAAUUCCAUUAAAGCUCUGAAUCACUUUGCACUCAGAAGGCUGAGAAGAUAACUUUUCAUAUCCCCAAAAUUAGUUGAAACCCGUUGCUGCCAUUGGUUCAUGCAUUUCUGUACAAAACACUUGUCAUGUAUCCUAUUGGCUGUGGAUUUUGGGACGACUACAAAUAAGAAUGGUACAGGAAAACUACACAACAAGAUAUGUCAUCAGUAUUUUUGGGACUGCUUGCAGCGGAGUAAGGCACAUCAUUGCAUCUCA